AUGUCCUCGCGGCGUAUCGGCCCUCGCGCGCCCGUCGCCGCGGCCGCGAUCUCCGCGGGCGUCAGCCGCUCUGAUGAAAACCCCCCGCUCGCGAGCGUUUUUUCUUUCGCCGCGGCCUGCCGCUCUUCGCGAAACUUAUCCUCCCUCGCGGCUUGCUUCGCGAAAAAUUCCAUCGCUCGCAGCGGAUCCGCGGCGGCGGCUUCCUUCGCGUACGCCGCGCCGCCGCUGUUGCCGCUGCCGCUGCCGACGUGCGGCGCGGACUACCUCGACGCGGAAGAGAGCGGCGACGGCGAGAAAGAGGAGGAGAAUACGACGGCGAAGGAGAAGGACGCCGCGGUCGCCGCCUCGGAGGACGCGACGUCCUCGUCCAACGAGGCGGAUGCCGCGGACGCGGACGCGGAAGAGAAGAAGAAACCGGACGACAAGAAAGGCAAAGGCAAAGGCGGCGGCCUCUUCGGGUGGCUCCCGUUCGCGUCCGUGCCGUCCAAGGCGCAGGAGGCGCACCUCGCCGCGUGCCGCGACGCCGCGGACGCGGAGCCGGACAACUUCGUCCGCCAAGACGCGCUCCUCCGAGAGCUCGUCUCCGCGGAGAGAUACCGCGACGUCGUCGAGCGCUUCGAGUCGCGGUCGCACGCGUCCGGCCCGGGCAGCGUCGUCGCGUACCUGACGUCCCUCGGGAAGCUCGACCUUCUCGACCGGUUCGACAUGAAGACGCCGCCGCCGGCGCAGCUCUCGAUGGCGGCGGCGACGGUGAUGAAGCGAGAGAAGCUCACCGCCGAGCAAGCCGCGGAGGCGGUGGCAGAGGCGGUGGCGAUCGGCGCGGCGACGAAAUCCGAACUCCCUACGCUCCUGAGAGACCUCUCCAAGCGCGCGGAGGGGCGGAACGGGGUGAUCAAGGUCCCGCGCGGCGCGUCCGCGGCGGCGCCGCUGCACGUCGUCAUCGGCGACGGAUACGGCGGGUCAUCGUUCGGCCCGGACGGCGGAGGGCAACGCGCCAAGGGCAACGGCGUCGUGAACUUCAUCUUUUACGGCGUCAUGGCGUGCGUCCUGGGCAGCGCGGGGAUGAGCGCGAUGAAGACGCACGCGGCGAACGUGAACAAAGGCGGCGACGCGUCCGCGUCCGCGUCCGCGAGAGGCGGGGCGUCCUCGUCGUCGUCGAGUUCGAAUUCUUUGAUGCCCGGAAAGCCGUCGCUUCCCGCGCUCGGCGGCGCGGGGAGGGCGGGCGGCGACGACGCGCAGAAGAAGGGCGAGGGGAGCUCGUUCGACCCGAAGGAGUACAACAAAGACGCGCUCCCGGAGAAGAGCGUGAAGACGUUCAAAGACGUGUUAGGGUGCGACGAGGCGAAAGAGGAGCUCCAGGAGAUUGUGGAGUACCUGAAAAACCCGGACCUGUUCACGCGCCUCGGCGGGAAGCUCCCGAAGGGCGUCCUUUUGUCCGGCCCGCCCGGCACGGGGAAGACGCUGCUCGCGCGCGCGGUCGCGGGCGAGGCUGGCGUCCCGUUCUUCUACCGCGCCGGCAGCGAGUUCGAGGAGAUGUUCGUGGGCGUGGGGAGCAAACGCGUCCGACAGCUGUUCGCGGCGGCGAAGAAGAAGACGCCGUGCAUCGUCUUCAUCGACGAGAUCGACGCGGUCGGGACGUCGCGCAAGGCGUUCGAGACGCAGUCGCGAAAGACGUUGAACCAGCUUCUGACCGAGAUGGACGGGUUCGAGCAGAACGAGGGAAUCAUCGUCAUCGCGGCGACGAACAUUCCGGAGCAGCUGGACCCGGCGUUGACGCGGCCGGGGCGGUUCGAUCGCCUCAUUCACGUCCCCAACCCGGACAUCGGCGGGCGACGCGAAAUCUUGCGGCAUUACCUCGCGGACAAGCCCGUGGCGUUGGACGUGGACGUGGAGACGCUCGCGCGCGGGACCGCCGGGUUCAGCGGCGCGGAGCUCUUCAACCUCGUCAACAUCGCCGCGGUGCAAGCCGCCGUCGCCGGCGAAACCGUCAUCGACGCCGCGCGACUGGAGUGGGCCAAGGAUCGCAUCGUCAUGGGCGUGGAGCGCAAGUCCGCGGUGCUCACGGAGGAGAGCAAGAGGCUCACGGCGUACCACGAGGCUGGCCACGCGAUCGUCGCGUUGCGAACCCCCGGAGCGAUGCCCGUGCACAAGGCGACGAUCGUCCCGCGAGGCAGCGCGCUCGGGAUGGUGACGCAGCUCCCGGAUAAGGACGAGACGUCAAUCACGCGGCGGCAGCUCCUCGCGAGACUGGACGUGUGCAUGGGCGGGAGAGUCGCGGAGGAGCUCAUCUUCGGCAAGGACGAGGUCACCACCGGCGCGCUUUCGGACUUGCAGCAAGCGACGCGGCUGGCGACGUACAUGGUCGGCGAGGUUGGGCUCUCGUCGCUCGUCGGCCCCGUGCACGUGGACUCGAUGAGCAAAGGCGGUCGGAGAGCGACGGAGGCGCUGGUGGACAAAGAAGUGGUGCAGUUGCUGCGGGAUUCGCACGCGCGCGUGACGAAGCUGCUGACGCGGCACUCGCAGGAUUUGCACACGCUCUCCGCGGAUUUGUUGCAGCGCGAGACGUUGACCGGGGACGAGAUCAGGGUCACGCUGAAGAUGCCGCCGGCGUCCAAGCCAACGCCGCCGGCGUCGAAGAAGAAGUCGAGCGACGCGGCGGACGGCGGCGGCGGCGUCGGCGUCGGCGCGAAGGACGCGGGCGAGGAAGCGAAGAAAGAGAAGGACGGCGACGGCGACGCGAUCGCGGACGGUCUGGUCGGGAUCCCAGGGCUGCUGCCGGGGAUCGAGCCCGUGGACUCGGAGAAGGAGACGAAGGUGACGGCGUGAACGCGCGCUCGUCGCGGCAUUUUUUUACGAGAGAUUCUUUCGAACCGAAAUACGAGUCGUACGGA